AUGGAGGACAAGCUUGCGGUCCCAGGGAUUCCAGGUGACCGCCAGUACGAGGAGGAGUCCUCAGAGUUCAAGCAGAUUGUGAAGUUCACGAGGGAACUAUUUUUCAGCGAUUUCCAGCAGUGCCUGAAGAAAAUCAGAGCAGUCGACCAGGACGAAAAGGCCUGGGCGCGCAUGGUCCAUACGCCAGUCUUUAAUAAGGGCAAGUCGAUAAAAGACUCCGUCUUUGACGUGGAAGUUUAUGCACAGCGCUUUCGCGAAGUCCUUCUAUCUGCCAGUAGUUCGGUCAUCCCUUCUGACUCGGAGUGA